CCUCAGCUCAUCUGCAGCCGCCGUCUUAGUUCUCGUCCCGUCAUCCUGUCAUAGGCAGCUUCCGGACCGCCCAGAAGGAAACUUCGCCAUAUGCCACUAAAGGCAACCCACGCCAAAAGUCCACGUUGCCAGGAUGCCAUGACACCCGACAUCUCUUUCUCUUCUCCUCUUCCCCCCCACGUUGCCAGCCCAUUGGAGCCUUUCAUUGUGGAAUGAAUGAGAGUCCCGCACCUGGGGUUACCACUUCUCCAACUCCCCAGGCUAAAAGUCCCAAAAAGAUGCUUCACCUGGAGUCCCAUCAAGGAACGUGUUAUGUGCCACAAGGUUCUGUUCCGUAUCUUCGUAUACCCCACCCCUGCUUGUAUGCCCUUGUUCUCUCAACGUCCGCAACUUUCGCCUCCAACCCAGUUUGGUAGCCGUCAACAUCGGCUGAUAGCUCCCGGACCUGCGUUUACGCUACUCAGUCGAUGCCCGCCGGCCUCCAGCCGGGGAUCAGCACCAUAGACGUGAGCAUCAACCUCCAGCCUGGGCAGAGCUACCCGCCUGCCGCCCGCCCUCUGGGCGAAAUGACCGCAACAUAUCUUGCUCUCUCUGUGUCUCUCCUCUGACCUCUUCCGGCCUGACUAGUAGGUAUAAAGACCAAGCCCCCUCGGACUUCAGUCAACUCUUGCCUUUCCUUUUCUAAACCACCCCUUUCAAGGCAUCUUGGCCUGACCACACCUACAACAAACAUCAUCAACACUUACAUACCUACCUCCCGUCACCAUCAACAUGGCCGACAAGGAGGUCGAAUCCAUCAGCCCCUAUGGCCCGGCCCGGUCAACAGUCAAGGGCGAGCCCCUCUCCAAGGAGGACAUUGUAAAGUACAAUGACUUCUUCAAGGCCAGCUUGUACCUAUCCUUGGGAAUGAUCUUCCUCAAGGAAAACCCCCUCCUCAGGGAGCCCCUCAAGAAGGAGCACAUGAAGCUGAGGUUACUCGGUCACUUCGGAUCAGCUCCGGGUCAAAUCUUUACCUGGAUGCACUUCAACCGUCUCAUCAAGAAGUACGACCUCGACUCCAUCUUCAUCUCCGGCCCGGGCCACGGAGCCCCCGCCGUGCUUUCCCAGUCGUACCUCGAGGGUGUCUACUCCGAGGUCUACCCAGAGAAGUCGGAAGACGUUGAGGGCAUGCAAAAGUUCUUCAAGUCCUUCUCCUUCCCCGGUGGCAUCGGUUCCCACGCUACCCCGGAGACCCCGGGCUCCAUCCACGAGGGUGGAGAGCUUGGCUACUCCGUCUCCCACGCAUUCGGUGCCGUCUACGACCACCCCGAUCUCAUUGCCCUGACCAUGGUCGGCGAUGGUGAGGCCGAGACUGGCCCGCUGGCAACUGCAUGGCACAGCACCAAGUUCCUCAACCCCAUUGUGGAUGGAGCCGUUCUGCCCGUUCUGCACCUGAACGGUUACAAGAUCAACAACCCCACGAUCUUGGCUAGAAUUUCCCACAAGGAGCUGGAGAACCUCUUCCUCGGGUACGGCUGGCAGCCGUACUUUGUCGAGGGCGACGAUGUCGAUACCAUGCACCAGGCCAUGGCCGCCACUCUGGAGCACUGCGUUCUCGAGAUCCGCAAGUUCCAGAAGCAGGCCCGCGACUCCGGCAAGGCCUUCCGCCCCAUCUGGCCCUUGAUCGUCCUUCGCAGCCCCAAGGGCUGGACUGGCCCUCGCAAGAUUGACGACAACUACUUGGAGGGCUACUGGAGAGCCCACCAAGUCCCCAUCCCCAACGCCGCUACCAACCCCGAGCACAUGAAGCUCCUUGAGCAGUGGAUGCGCAGCUACGAGCCCGAGCGUCUGUUCAAGGACGGCCGUAUCUCGGAUGAGCUCAAGUCUCUCUGCCCUACCGGCAACCGCCGCAUGAGCGCCAACCCGGUGGCCAAUGGUGGUGUUCUCAGGAAGCCUCUCAAGCUUCCCGACUUCAAGGAGUACGCUAUCAAGGUUGACAAGUCUGGCGGCACCAUGGCUGCUAGCAUGAACAACAUGGCCACCUACCUUCGGGACGUCAUGGCUCAGAACAUGCAGAGCUUCCGUCUCUUCGGACCCGACGAGACCGAGUCCAACAAGCUCGGUGCCGUCUACGAGGCCGGCAAGAAGGUAUGGAUGGGCGAGUACUUUGAGGAGGAUGCCAAUGGCGGCAACCUGGCCCCCGAGGGCCGUGUCAUGGAGAUGCUUUCCGAGCACACCUGUGAGGGUUGGCUCGAGGGUUACAUCCUGACCGGACGUCACGGUCUCCUCAACAGCUACGAGCCAUUUAUCCACGUCAUCGACUCCAUGGUCAACCAGCACUGCAAGUGGAUCGAAAAGGCCCUCGAGGUCGAGUGGCGCAACAAGAUCGCCUCCCUCAACAUCCUCCUGACCGCCGUCGUCUGGCGCCAGGACCACAACGGCUUCACGCACCAAGACCCGGGCUUCCUCGACGUCGUCGCCAACAAGAGCCCCGAGGUCGUCCGCAUCUACCUCCCGCCCGACGGUAACUGCCUCCUCUCCACAAUGGACCACUGCCUCGCCUCCUCAAACUACGUCAACGUCAUCGUCGCCGACAAGCAGGAGCACCUGCAGUACCUCACCAUGGAGAAGGCCGUCGAGCACUGCACAAAGGGCAUCGGCAUCUGGCCCCAGUUCAGCACCGACCAGGGCGAGGAGCCCGACCUCGUCAUGGCCUCGUGCGGCGACAUCUCCACCCACGAGUCCCUCGCCGCCAUCGACCUCUUGCUGCAACACUUCCCCGAGCUCAAGAUCCGCUGCGUCAACUGCGUCGACCUCUUCAAGCUCAUCUCCCACGAAGACCACUCCCACGGCCUCACAAACGCGGAGUGGGUCUCCCUCUUCACGGACGACAAGCCCGUCAUCUUCAACUUCCACUCCUACCCCUGGCUCGUCCACCGCCUCACCUACAAGCGGCCGGGCAACAUGAACCUCCACGUCCGCGGCUACAAGGAAAAGGGCAACAUCGACACGCCCCUCGAGCUCGCCAUCCGCAACCAGACGGACCGCUUCAGCCUCGCCAUGGACGCCAUCGACCGCAUGCCCCAGCUCCACAACCGCGGCGCCGCCGCCCGCGAGACGCUGCGCAACCAGCAGAUCGCCGCCCGCAUCGAGGCGUUCGAGACGGGCAUGGACCCGCCCUUCCUCAAGAACUGGACCUGGUCCCACAACGGCCUGUGGCAAAAGGUCGCCAAGAUCACCACCUAGACUUCUUGUUAGAUGGGGAUUAGAAGAGCGUAGAUGGAAAGAAACGACUAGAUGAGAUGUUUUGGACAGGUUUCAAAGACAGUAACGUUUUUUCGGAAAGAGUUUGUUUGAUGCUACGGCGUUGUGGUAUACUUGGGAUAAGAGAAGAAGAUAUCAGGGCAGUUGAUUUUUCGAGUUUGAGAAUUGAGAUUUUUGUCGCGACGGUGGUACAUGUGCUCUAAACUUGAAUGAAAAAGAAAAGAUAUGACUUUCUAGUUUUUCAUUAGAUUUACAUUCAUCUCAACAAGAUCUCACAUUGGAAAGAGCUUGAUCAGUCUGCUUCACCUUAAAUAUGCUUGAUAAUUCACACGCAUCAUUGGUAUCUAAACGAAAGCAAUAAUACAAGAAAACGCAAAAGUUGAGAUACAGCCUGGGCCAUAUCGGUGGUGUUUUGCCCAACGCCCCCUAGGUAGAAUCCCUCGCCCUUUACGACCCGUACAACAGGCGGUGAGGAACUUGCGCUCGAGACUCCCAAACGCCGCCAUUUGAUAAUGCUACACUUGCGUGUGAGUCCCAAUCUCUCUGGAACCCCAAUGUGCAGAAACGACGGUGUACCGGCUUUCGAAGCUGCCUCUGCUCCCGUGGACGAUGGCACGCUUCAUCGCCAUGGCGCUUUAUGCAGACCCUCCCCCAGCGCGGCGACCUGUAAUGACAUUGGUUGUCACACUCGUCCCCGGAUCUAUCUAGAGAUAGGCCUGGACCUCCUCGUCGGCCCCCCUCCCGGCCACAGGUCGGCAGGUGAAGCCGCUCAUAGUCCCAUUUGACGGCCUCACUGUUGAGUAGCAACCCCGCCAUGACAGCUCUAGAUGCAACAUCGGCAUUCGGAAGCCAUCUUAGGCUUAUAGGCCCAUCAAGUCAAAAGUCUCACCAGCACCGGAGCUUCCUCCAUAUCGAUGCCUUGCCAACCUUGCCUUCGAUGUUCGGACCCCGCACACCGGGGCCACGCUUCUCAUUCUGCUCGCUGCCCGCCGGAAGGGGACUCAGCGGCUUGGUCAUGCCUCUCCGAUCCAUCUCCAUGUUUUCGUUGACGCCCAGCUCCGCCAUGCGCCUAGCCUCAACAACGCGACGAACAAUGAGCGCAAACGUCUCCUCGAUAUUGACCUCGAGCCGUGCACUCGUCUCCAUGAAGCCGCACCCCCGGCGACGCGCCCAGUCUAGGCCCAUGGCCGCAGGAACGGCGCGGGACUCUUGAAGGUCACAUUUGUUGCCGGCGACGAUCUUAACGGGAGGAACGGUUUUAGCGCCCGGCGUGGCAGAUACGGUAUCGCGGUAGGAGGAGGGUGAGAGGCCGGCACGUUUUGCGCGCUCAGCAUUGUCGAGGCGAGUCUCUGCCUCCAUAUCGAUGAGGUCGUUGAAGUACUGGAGAGCGUCGAUGGAGUCGCGGGAGGUAAUGUCGUACACGAGCAAGAAGGCAUCUGCGCCGAGGUUUGAUGAUGCCCACAUACCGCGGUACUCCUCUUGCCCGGCCGUAUCCGUAAGAGAAAGAUGGUAGUUUUGUCCAUCGAUCUUACGAGUGAUGGAGUAGGAGUCCUCAAUAGUGGGGUCGUAUUCGGAGGUCCAUUGCGAACGCACGAGACGGAGAGUUAUGGAGGAUUUUCCGCAGCCGCCGUCGCCGCAAAUGGUAAUCGAGAUUGGCGUCGGGGCUUGUUGUGAGAUUGACAUUGUGGCGGUUGAUUUUCGUUCCGAAAGACCAGAGAUGUGGUGGUUGCGGUGGUCCAGUGUCGGCCGCCUUGGAUUGCGGGGACAGCUCCGAGGUUGUGUCGUCACACGUCACACGUCGCGUGCGCCGUUGGAAGUCGCGAGUAGAGGACGCUUGAUGACGGUAGACUUGGCGUCGUGAAUGCGCUGUUUGCUGCGUUACGCGUUGAAUUGAGUUUUCAAAGAAAGGUCGAAUGCGAUCUCGGGGUGAUAUUUCGGGAGGAAACCCUGGUUCGGGAGAUUCAGUCGAGAAGUUUUGUGGGAAAGAGUCGCUAGUACACCAAGUGGUGGUGGGUGAUGUGAGAUAAGAAGAGGUCCGACUCUCUAUUAGUGGCGGCGGUAGGGCAGGUAAGGUAUUCGUAGGCUCGUGGAAGCAAGGUAGUCGGACGGCAGUGCAGCAGCUCUUGUGCUUCUUAGCUUCGUUUCGGCUCUCAGACCGCGCGCGCGGUUCGACCGUUUUUCUUCUUUUAGUUAGGAUCGAGUAAGAGGCAAAAGGCUGUGGCGUAAUCGUUCACGGGAGCGGCCCCCAAACAGGGUUCGUUCGUUUGGGACCGUGGGCUUUUUCUGGGCAAGGUGGGGGAAGCGAAGACGAGAAGGAGAGUGGAAGACACCGGAAUUCAAGAAAGGUGUGUGUCUGUGUGGUUUCCGUCGCCUCUCUUCGCCUCGUGGUUGUUAUUUUGGGUGAUCUUGUUGCUUUGGUGCGGGUAGCAGGUGUCGUUCGUCGCCUUUUCUACGUGCCCACUGAGAGGGAUGUGGAUGGGAUGAUGGAGGUGUCGUUGGGGUUAGUCCGUAUCGUGUGGCGCGCGCGCGAGACAGAGAGUGUAGACCGUUAAGGUUGCAAUGAGCGAGGAGUGAAUCGGUGGGAAUGGGUUGACUGGACGUAAAUAGAACCCGUUCGUAUUCUUCGCCCUCAAAGGUGAGACAAGAUGUUUCUUUUGUCGCGAGUGGGAGCUUGAGCGAUGCGGGAAACAGAAGACGUCGUUGGUCAAUUGGGCGCCGCCGCAGAUGCAGUCAACAGGUGAAAAUUGAUGGUAAGCUGCGGGAUGGGAUAUUGGUGUGCAAUCCGAAAGUGCGACGAGGCUGUUGGUAGGCCUGCUGAUGGUUGGGUGGUGUGUCUCUGGGAUGGCCCGAAUAUCGCAGCGAUAAUGCGGGAUGGUGGUGGGUGGACUGAAUUCGGUAUGGAUGAAUGGCUGGAGAGUUGGAAGAAUGAGCGAGGGGAUGCGCUUGCUUUUGAUAGCGACCCUUGGCGGCGGUGCUGUGGUACGCUCUUCCUUGGACCUUAAGUUGUGUUGCGUCGUAUUGUAUUGCGUUGCGUUGCAAUGAAUCGAUGGAAGGGAAGGAUUGACGGAUGCACUCGGUCUUUGGGGGCCGAAACUUGAAAGGCAAGAACCUACGAGACAGGAAAGAUAACCACCCAAGGUAGGUAGGUACACAAGGAUGUCGGUAGAAUACGAAUUGAACACAAUCGGAACCCAAAGCUCGAAGAUGGGUGCGGAUUUAAAGGCAAAAGCAACGAGCAGACCAAGGACCGGGCCUCUGACUCUAUUCUUCCUCGUUCCGCCCUCUUAUUAUGUAGUUGUUUUCCUUGCCGUGCUUGUAUGAGAUGUCUGUGGUGGUCGUGGAAGAGAAAAAGAGUGAUCACUGGAGUGCCCGAGCGUCGCCCCGUCCGAGGGUAAGGUGGAAGAAACAAGAGGGAUGAGGCCUGCCCGAUGGGGGAGCUCUGAUGGGGAACUUCCAGCUCUGACCCGGUGAGGUACUGGUAUUGAAAUAAAAGAGUCUAUACCGAGCGCUGUUUGGCUGCAAGACGGGAUGCGACUGCGCGGCUCUGUCUCGGUGAUUGUGGGAUCGUAGGAGGGGUGGGCGCAAGCUCCAGGAGGGGAGCUCCCUGCAGCGAUGGUGUUUCUCUCGUGCCUACAGUUCCGAUGAGUGGUGCUGCUGGUCACUGGUGUGUGUUGCUCAAACUAUGCGUAGCUAAAGCUGACGGGUCACGGGUAGCGUUGGGUUUUGGAGGCCGGGGCGUCGGACGAGGAUGGGAUGUCGUCACUGAGGGAUGAAGAGGGGGGUUUGUUGAUGGCUUUGAUUUGUGAUUUGUGUUUGGUCUUGGUGACGAAGAAAGCGUUUGGAGAAGGGGAGGGGACCCUGAUCACCCUGAUCCAAGAU